AUGCCUCAAGUUGAGAACAAGCCCGAGUUUCUUGUCGAAAUAUGGGGCCUUUAUUCUCUAGGCACCAUCAUUCUUUUCACACGUUACGCUGUACGACUUAGGACUGUAGGAUGGAGAGGUCUCAAAGGCGAUGACUUCUUUUCGUUGCUGGUCUUUCUUUUUUACACUACCGAUGCAGUCAUGGUUCAUCUGAUAUAUUACCUUGGCACCAACAUCGAGGCUGGGGUCAGUGAACUUAGACAUCAUUUGACCGCAGCUGAGAUCCGCGAGUAUGAGCUGGGCUCGAAGUUCGGACUUGUGGCUUGGUACGCGUACACAGCAUUGAUCUGGAGUCUCAAGGGCACUAUGCUAUGCUUCUUUUCACGAAUGACGUUUGGAGCGUGGUAUAAAUACUUUGUCAAGGCCGUGUCGAUCCUGUGUGCUCUUACCUACGUUGCCGUUGUCCUCACGCUCACACUUGGAUGCCUUCCUUACCAUAAGAACUGGCAAGUUCUGCCUGACCCUCCAGCUAGAUGCUCCUUCAAAAUUCAGAACUUCUUGUGUACGGCGGUGCUCAAUGUCAUAACCGACGCCCUCAUUCUUUGCAUUCCUAUUCCUCUCCUCUGGAAACUCCAGAUUCCUUUCCACAAAAAACUCAUCAUCGGUCUCCUUCUUUCCUCUGGAGUUUUCGUUAUUACAGCAGCUGUCUUUCGAGUCGUCCUCACCCUCUCAGCCUUCCCAUCAGCAAUUACCAUCAACGCCUGGGGUAGUCGAGAAAUCAUCGUCGGCAUCGCAACCGUCAACCUCCCUGUCCUACGACCGCUCUUCUGCAGUUCCUUCUGGGAUGGACCGUCCCCAGCCGAGAUAUGCCCGUCGUACCAAACCUCCAGAGGGAGCAGCCGUAGCCGCAACAGGAUCACUAAGAGAAAUAUUUCGCCUCCAUGCCAACCACAGAAGAUUUACUCUGGAAACGGACUGAAGAAUGGGCAUGACGCCAGCCAGGAUUCGAUCCUGCCAACGGUGCAUAAAAUGGCUGAUAUUGUUGUUGAAAGAUCUUAUGACGUUCAACAUGAAGACAAUUAUGAUUAUCGUGGACAUCGACCUAAUAUGUCACAGACUUCGAUUUAUGCGAAUUAUGCGAGGUCACCAGUAUAG